AUGUACGGAGCUCCGGUGGAUUUGUCCUUUAAAUACAUCAACAGUUUGGCAGAUGCACGUUUAGAGGAGCCAAGCUCUGGUCUGCGGCCUUUAAAAAGAAAUUCACAGAAGAAGUACCUCAGUCGCUCUUUGCGUCUCAAUAACAACAACAUCUCUGAGCUUCAUGACCUCCAGCGGACCAUUAGCCACUUCCUGUCUGAGCCGUCGCAGCUCGCCUGGCUCGACCUUUCCUUCAACAAUCUCACAAAUAUAGAACAAGUUCUGUGUGAGCUGCGUGAACUGCGCGUGCUAUAUCUCCAUGGCAACAGCAUUUACAUUCUGUCGGAGGUGGACAAGCUGCGUGUGCUUCCGCAUCUACACACCAUCACGCUGCAUGGAAACGUCAUAGAGACCAACAAGGCUUACAGGAAUCGUGUGAUUUCUGCUCUCCCUGGGUUAAAGAUGAUGGACUUCAGCGCUGUGACUCAACAGGAACGAGUCUUAGCAAAGAUUUGGCAUCAUAGCAACAACCGACGUCACUGAAGCAACAAAGAGACACUCAUAGUUUAA